ACACACACACACACACACACACACACACACACACACACACACACACACACACACACACCCUUUAAAAACAACCAGUUUAAUAGCAGGGUUGAAAUCCCGCGAUAGUUGAGACCUGGGUGAGCGCUUGCUCUGCUGUGAUUGGCUGACCGGAUGUAAACAACAGGAACGAACAGGCGAAGCUACACGCUGGAUGAAAAUAUGGAGAUUUAACAGAGAUUCGAGGGUCUUUUUAAGGGGGGUUCUCGGUGAAACAGGCCGUGGAGCUUUACUGCAGGUCAACACGUUUAAAGGCAGCGGCUGGAAGUCCUGGUGAAUCUCCAGGUAUGUCGGUGCUGAUCCAGCCCUGGGGGGAGGCGGGCGGUGGCGUGGCGGCCCACCUGCAGUGCCCCACCUGCGGCCUCUUCUCCAACAGCCACGCCCACCAGCUGAGCCAUGUGGCGGCGGCCCACCCUGGGCAGCUGGACGGCAUGAUGAUGGGGCGGCUGGGGAACAUCGUGAUGUACCAGAGCACCGCCCGGCUCUUCCACUGCGGGGACUGCUUCCAAACCUGCAGGGACUUCAACACCCUCUACCAGCACAUCAUCGCCAAGCACUGCCUGGACCAGGGCGCCGCCAAGGGGGAGGAGGGGAAGGAGGAGGAGGAGGAGGAGGAGGAGGAGCUGAAGGAGGAGGUGAAGGAGGAGGAGGUAGAGGAUAAGGAAGCAUCCAUGAUGACUGAGGGGGGGGGUCACAGAUGUCUGAUCUGCGGCUGGAGGACGAAGCACCGAGGCCUGGCAGUUUCCCACGUGGUGAGGAAGCACGACAUCCCCAAGGCGUACGCCAGCCAGGGGGUGAGGCCAUACGCCUCCUCCUUCAGAGCGCCCACUGUGGGGGAGGAGGGGGAGGCGAGCGGGGAGCUGCUGAGGGAGGAGAUGGAGGCCACGGCGAAAGUCGUGCGCUUCAUCGCCAACAGAUUUGUGUGUCUCAUCUGCGGCUGGAAGACCAAGCUCAAAGGCUUUGCCAUCAGCCACGUGGUGCGCUGCCACGAGGUGGAGCGUCCGUACGGCUGCAGCUCCUGCGAGCGCAGCUUCUUCCUGCCGUCCCGCCUGCAGCAGCACGUCGCCGCCGCGCAUCGACUUGGACGCUACAGCUGCCCCUACUGUGGGUUCAGGUCCCAGUUCCUGGGGGGGUUCAGGAGGCACUGCAGCCGCUGCAAUGCCCGGGAGGAGGGGGAGGAGGAGCAAGGAGGAAGAGGGGGGGAGGAAGAGGAGGAGCAGGAGGAGAGGAGAGGGACCAGGAAGAGGAGGAAGACUAUAAAGCUGCAGGAGAGGGAGGAGGAUGAGGAAGAAGAGGAGUUAGAGGGGAGGAAGAGGAGGAAGAGGAAGACAAAAAAGCUGCAGGAGAGGAAGGAGGAAGAGGAGGAAGAAGAAGAAGAGGAGGGGAGGAAGAGAUGGAGGACUGUUAAGGAGGAAGAGGAGGAAGACUAUAAAGCUGCAGGAGAGGAAGGAAGAGGAGGGGAGGAAGAGGAAGAUAUGGAGGACAGUGAAGGAGGAAGAGGAGGACUGAAGAGAAGGGAGAAAACUAAAAAGCUGCAGGAAGAAGAGGAAGAGGAGGGGAAGAAGAGUUGGAGGAUGGUGAAGGAGGAAGAGGAGGACUGAAGAGAAGGGAGAAAACUAAAAAGCUGCAGGAAGAAGAGGAAGAGGAGGGGAAGAAGAGUUGGAGGAUGGUGAAGGAGGAAGAGGAGGACAGGAGUAGAGCAGAAGAAGGAGGAAGACUGAAGGGUCACAUGUUUCCAUCUGAUCAUCAAUAAAGUUUUUUUUGUA